AGGAACCCCACCAAGUGCCGCGCGUUUGUUCGGACUCUUGCAAUUAAGCGGAUUACGGAAUACAUAAGGUACAUACAUACAUUAUGGGAUACACUGCGAGACAUACUAAUACAGUACCUUGGUUCCUGGGAGGAAGCAGAACUGUUCCGCAACAGUGUAUCCAGACAAAUCGGCCGCCAUGGACAUUGACGAUAUUCUGCGAGAGGUCGACCCGACCUCGCAUACCGUACCGCAGGAAAAGCGCGAUCUGCAGGAACUCACACGCGCCUGGAUCGCGGAGCGCAGCGCGCCAGAACUCCUCCCGUGGCCUGCCGACGGCCUCUUUGAGCGCAUCAACGACAACAUCAAGCGACAGAUCGAAAAGGUCGAGGAGAUGACGGGCGACAUGGAUCCCAAGACCAACUUCGCCCUGAUCGUGAUCCAGACCGAGCUCGAGCGCUAUCGCUACCUCGUGCGCAGCUACCUGCGCGCGCGCAUCGCCAAGAUCGACCGCCACACACUGCACUAUCUGUCGACCGAUGACCUGCGCGCCCGCCUGUCCGAGAUGGAGCUUGCCUACGCGACGCGCCACCAGGCUCUGCUGCACAACCACUACCUGUCCUCCUUCCUGUCCUCCUUCCCGCCAAACCUGCAGAACCUGAACGACGCCUCGGCCGGCAUCAGCAUGAUCGAGACCCCCGACCUAGAGUCGGCCGUCUUUAUCCGGGUCCUCAAGAACACCCUCGUCCAGGGGCGCGGCGUGGACACGGACGAGGCGGUCGAUGCCGAGGAGAGCGACAUCAUGAUUUUGCGCUGGGCAGACGCGAAACCGCUGGUUGAGGCUGGCAGUGCGGAGCUGGUCUGACUUACUGGACUCAAUGCUCGGGGCUAAGAGACCUGACGUUCGCAACACUCAGGAUCUGCUCACCCGGCUGCGAGACUUAAAACCAAGGGCACUCCCGAGUGCAAGGAAUGAUCCUUCGGAGGAAAUGCUCGCGAGCCACCAAAAUAUCUGCAUACCCUCGGAUGAAAAGCGCUUGACCGACUCGAAGACCACGCAGUCUG